AGUACAACAGUUGGCCCAGACAAUAGUAGAACAGUUAUCCCAGACAUCAGUACAACAGUUGUCCCAGACAUCAGUACAACAGUUGGCCCAGAUAUCAGUACGACAGUUGGCCCAGACAUCAGUACAAUAGUUGGCCCAGAUAAUAGUGCAACAGUUGGCCCAGACAUCAGUACAACAGUUAGCCCAGACAUCAGUACAACAGUUGGCCCAGACAAUAGUACAACAGUUGGCCCAGACAUCAGUACAACAGUUGGCCCAGACAUUAAUACACCAGUUGACCUAGACAGUAGUACAACAGUUGGCCCAGACAUCAGUACAACAGUUGGCCCAGACAUUAAUACACCAGUUGACCUAGACAGUAGUACAACAGUUGGCCCAGACAUCAGUACAACAGUUGGCCCAGGCAUUAAUACACCAGUUGACCUAGACAGUAGUACAACAGUUGGCCCAGACAUCAGUACAACAGUUGGCCCAGACAUCAUUACAACAGUUGGCCCAGACAUCAGUACAACAGUUGGCCCAGACAUCAGUACAACAGUUGGCCCAGACAUCAUUACAACAGUUGGCCCAGACAUCAGUACAACAGUUGGCCCAGACAUUAAUACACCAGUUGACCUAGACAGUAGUACAACAGUUGGCCCACACAUUAAAAUAGUAUGGUAA